UUCCGCGAUUCUCGGUGAUGCCGAUCAUCUCUAUCUGACCAAUUUCGACAAUGCAUCUACACAAAACUACGAAAAGUCGUCCUUGGAGAAAAGCAAAGACAAAUCUGCUGCGUCAUCAGAUGAGAUUGACAUACAAGAGCAUGAUUUGGAGAACUACAGAGCGCCAGAAGUGACUCUGGAUAUCAACAGCCAUACAGAGGCAGAUGCAGGCAGAUCUCAAGGUCUUGAUCAUUUGUCAGGACAAGAGCGAGGCAAUCUUUCAGAGUCAGAGGCCUUGAACCGAGAUGUGCCCCAAAAUGCUACCAACGGAUUAGAAAUGGACGGCAACUUUGAGAUCAGUGAUGCUGCUCUGUUACAUGAUGAAGGAUUUGAGCAUUUGAAUGAAUCAGCUCAACGUAUCAAAGAUCUGAAUGCCUUCCAGCAAGAUAGUGAUUGUCAUUCUUCGGCAAUGGGGCAGAACAUGGAGGAACGUGGCGAUGAAGUUCUUAGGACAGAGCUGAUGGAUGAAGGUUAUUCAAAGCACGAAGCUGACCACGACCCUGUACGAAGUCCUUUAAGCAUCUUAGAACAGCAAACGCUGGACGAAAAGAAGGACAUAGAGCAAUCACAGCAAUCUCCUGGCCACAUCGAUGUAAAAGAGUUCAAUUUCCAAAGGGAUCUUGACGGCAUGCAUAGCUCUUUAAAAGAUGAAGUGGAAGCUCUCGUUGAAGCUUCAAAUGUGGGCAUUGUUUUGGAUGGCACCGGGGAACCAGCCACUGCAUCUACCGAUCUAAGUCCUAUCAUGAGAAGCCAGGAGGUAGUCAAUACACCACACACAGAAAAGGAGUCAGGAAGUGACAUUGACUUCGAAACUAUUGGCCAUGAAUUGGUAUCCGCGAAUCCAGCUUUUGAUGACAGUGAUGAUAUUGCCCAGGAAAGACGGAAAGAACCGAUGCACAACGAAUCUCUUCAAACGGAGCUCGAUGAUUUGAGAACAUUAAUGAUGAAGCCAGAACAGCUAGACUUGGGUCAGUUGCCACCAGCCAUCGAUGGAAGUGUUCAAGACGACCAGCAAGAUAAACUUUCGGUUGACCAGGACAUCCUAGAGGAUCCAGAUGGUGACGAAGAUGAGGUGAAAUCGAACAACGGGUUUGCUGCACAGACGAUUUCUGCAAACACUUUCAAUCAAGUGGAGACAGCCCCUGUGGUAACAGAGGACGCUGCUGGUCAGCACUCUGAGGUGCUUUCACUCGAGACAGCAGAUGAGGAACUCAGAAGUGAGCAUACAACCCCUAGUCUAUUACAAAAUGCUCCCUUUAACCCUAUUGCAAACACCUCAGAGAACGACUACGACUUAGUACAAGCUGAAGAGCUAGAAGAAACCAUUCAAGAAGCUAAAUCAGUCGCAAAGCCGUCAAACGUAGGAGAUUCACCAACAAGCAGUCUUGUGUCUCUCCCUGUAGUGCAGGAAACCGCUGUUUCGGCAUCUGUUGAAGGGACGCUCUCUUCGGAACCGACUCGUGACACAAGUAAGAGUGAGAUGGUAGAAUCAUUGGGCGAAUCGUCAAAGGAAACAUCUCACGAAUCUCACUUUGAAUCGCCUUUGCACGAGGAACGUCCCACAAACGCUGAUAGUGUUGAUGAAAAAGUGUCCAUAUCUAAUGAUGACGAGGGCCCUGCAGAGGUAGAAAUGUCCAGCAAGAUGUUUUCUUACGACUUCGAUGGCGUAAUACCAUCCCAAAUCAAAGCACAUGUCGAAAGUCAAGAGCCCGAGGCAAAGGAGUCGACACCAGAACUGAAUACAGGUGAACGUGCUGCUGACAGCCAAAACGAAGGGCCAGUUGAUGACAUUCCCCUCACAGAGACAGAGCUGGCACCCUAUGAAACUAGCACUGAUAAGCCUGCCGACGUACCCACUGAUCAGCCAGAUGACAACAUGGAAGCGUUGCUCAGGGCUAACGAUGUGUCCAAACAAACCGUAUCGUCAGACUUACACGAGCAAAGCGAAAAACAAAGCACAGAAAACUUUGACAGUACCAUGGUAUAUGGCGACACGAGUCAUGUCGUCAAACGUGACAUGGAGAACCAUGCUGUGCCCGAAGAGCAUACCUUCUCAUUGGAUCAAUCGAUUGCACCUUCAUGGAGCGGGCAAAUCAUCCCAGGCGACAACCCCUCGGAAGGAUGGAACAGCGAUAAUGAGUACUAUGAGGGGUUCAGGCUACGUCCUGCGGACCAGGAUACGGGCUCACAUCGACAAGAAACGGUACACCAGCCGGUUGACGUCAAACAGUCCAACACAGAAAGUCGAGAAGAAAAGCACAACCCAGACGCCUCACCAUCGGUGGACAAUCCGUCAGAGAAGCGUCUGGAGGCUGACGAAGACGUUGUUGCCGUGACCACACGGAUGACAACGUUGGAGGCAGAGAAAGGCCGCGUCCUGAUGACGGAUGUCUCGAGCCUGCUGGACGCGGGCGCGGCCGAGCGUCCCGAGUCCUCGGCGUUCGGCACUCCACCAGAGGACAUGGCGAUCCGCCCCACGAGCACUCCGACUCCGGAGCCACGUACAGCGUCCCGAAAUGGGUCUGUCCCGCGGGAUGUAGACUUGGGCAAUGGUGAGGCGCAGCUGGAGAAGGGACGCGUCACACCGGAGACCUUGGCUGCCGACGAGGAGCAGGAUGAUCAGUUUGAGGACGGCGCCGAGCUGGAGUACGACGAGACGAUCGGGCAGGGAGACUGGAGGACGUGCGUGGUGGCUGGGAAAGAGCAGAAGAUCGACAUGAGCAUCAUCGAGCCCUACACUAAGGUGCUGUCUCACGGAGGAUACAUGGAGGGUGACGCCGGUCAGAGCAUAAUCGUGUUCGCCGCCUGUCAUCUGCCGGAGAGGAGCAGGCCGGACUACGGAUACGUCAUGGACAACCUCUUCCUGUACGUGCUGACCACCCUGGACGAGCUGGUGUCAGAGGAGUACGUGCUGGUGUACCUGCACGGAGGCGCCAGUGCCGCCAGCUCGCCCACCUUCUCCUGGCUGCGGAGGGCCUACCAGCUGGUGGACCGCAGGCUCAGGAAGACGCUCAAGGGCCUGUACCUGGUGCACCCGUCCUUCUGGCUGCGCACCAUCGUGGCGCUGACGAGACCGUUCAUCAGCUCCAAGUUCAGCCGUAAGCUGCGUUACGUGGACGGACUGAGGGAGCUCAGCGAUCUGAUCCCGAUGAACCACGUCAUGAUACCGGAGGAAGUCAAACAGGUCGAUUUCCAGCUGAUGAUCGCUGAACGAAAGAGGGAGCUCAACAUCAAAUAGAUUGCUCUCGAACUCUGAGAUGUAGUCUCUACAGCCACAGCUGGUCGUGACUCGUCACAAAUACGGACGCCGUUGUGCAUCAUGGCCGGGCUUGACCAACGUCACAACACUCAUCCAGUCAGCUGUCUGAAGCAGCGCUGUAAGAAACCAACGCCAGCCAGCACUAUUAGAAUCAGACCGCGGUAUUUACCAGAGUGACUGACCCUAUCCGCUAGAACACACUACUUGUGCAUGGUGCGAUGAUAUCGUGUUCCUUACUAUGGUGCAUUUGUGUUGUGAGGAGGGGGAACGAAGCGUUAUGCGCCGAAUUCGUGAGCUGUGUGCGGUGAUUAUGUGAUAAACGAUGUGAUCUGUGUGUAGAUACAAGUUGUUUGAUCAGUUAUCUCACCGAUUGUGUGUCCAGUGAACGGUAUCACCACUUCAGUGUGACUGUAGCAUCGUGACUGCGUCGAGCCCAAUAAGACUUUGAUUCUCGCUAGGGAUGUUGGGACCGAGGAACACCCCUCAGUCAUUGUGGACAGUGGCGAACCGCCAGCCAUGCUCCUUCGACAGGGGAGUGGGUGUCUGCUGCCAGCAGUGACAUCGCCUCGCCGCGCGAGUGAGAGCAGAACAACGUCAGACAAGUCACCAGCCGGAUGUGCAGAAUCACGCGCCCGAGUCUCACGCCGUGUCGUGGAUUUCAAGACGUGAUCUCGACCGCGUACUCAUGGGAACUGAUGCAGGGUGGUUGUAUGUAGUGCUGGGGAUGACAUUGACAUCUACAGAAAUACUAAGUGGGGCGAGCGGAACCGUAUUUAGAGGCUGUGCGUCCGAGAAGUGAGUCCAUGAUAGCGGCAAGAUAGUGAUACUGUGCUUUUAGUCACGGAGCUUGUCGUGGUGAAGGAAUAUGAUUAUGGCUGGCGAACAACACUGGUGUGGACCUGGUCGCACACGGUCAGAGUUUGCAUAGCAUAGCGAUGGCAACGGACAAGGCGCUGUUUGCGUGUGCUUAUUGAAGUGAACAUGUCAUGGAUGAUAGACCGAGGGUGCUCCAAAUACAUGCAAACUAAAAA